UGAAACACUUUUUGGAUCCUGUUAUAGAAACUAAAGAACAUUUAUCGCAGGAAAGUUCAGAGAACAAGUCUCCAAAUCAUAACAUUUAUGUGUCUGAGGAGCCUGAUGAAAUUAAGCCCACUAAAAGUCAGUAUAUAAAGCAAGGAUUAAUGAAACAAUUGCGAAGUAAUAGAGACAUUGUCUUACCAGUUUCCUUAGAGAUUAUGGAGCAUCAAUUAUCUCAAAAUAAAGCUAUUGAAAUUUGCUGUGAGAUUGAAGUUACAGAUAAAACUGCUAGAACACAAUUAUACAAAGAAAUGUUAAGCCAUCUACCUGGUAUUACAUUAGGAAACUUGUGUAUGAAAACUUUAAAAGCCAAGAAAAUUCGGAUGUUAUUUGGAAAAGAUAGAGUUGGAAUAGAAAAAAUUAAACAAGUUACCUACACCUAUUUUGAAGAAAGUGCCAAAUAUUUGAACUGGCAUGCUAAAUUAGUUGAUUCACCGAGUCAUUUGUCAGAUAAAAUCCGUUUGAACUUAUAUAGAGCAUAUACAGAGGAGACUGGGCUUGAUUCUUGGAUAAACUCUAAAACUCCUGAACCUCCACAAAUCGAAAAGGAUGCCGAAAAAAAGACAUUAUUUGUACUACAGAUAAAUGUUUAG